UGUGUGUAUAUACACACUUCGCGGUGUUAGGGUUUUCGCCAUUCUAGGGUUUCAGUCGCCUCCUUAGAGAGAAGAAGUCAGAGAGAAAAGAGAGAGAUGAAGACCAUAUUGUCAUCAGAAACCAUGGACAUCCCUGAGGGGGUGAAGAUCAAAGUGAAGGCCAAGAUGAUCGAAGUGGAGGGUCCACGAGGCAAGCUCACUCGCAACUUCAAGCACCUCAACCUCGACUUUCAGCUCAUCACCGACGAAGAGACCGGCAAGAAGAAGCUGAAGAUCGAGGCCUGGUUCGGAUCUCGCAAGACCACCGCCGCCAUCCGCACCGCCCUCAGCCACGUCGAGAACCUCAUCACCGGCGUCACCAAGGGUUACCGCUACAAGAUGCGAUUCGUCUACGCUCACUUUCCAAUCAACGCCAGCAUCACCAAUGGCAGCAAGUCCAUCGAGAUCCGUAACUUUCUCGGUGAAAAGAAGGUGAGAAAAGUUGAUAUGCUUGAAGGGGUUUCAAUUACCAGGUCUGAGAAGGUUAAAGAUGAACUUGUAUUGGAUGGGAAUGAUAUCGAACUUGUUUCUCGUUCUUGUGCGCUGAUAAACCAGAAAUGUCAUGUGAAGAACAAAGAUAUCCGGAAGUUCCUUGAUGGUAUCUAUGUGAGCGAGAAGGGAGCAGUAGCUGUGGAAGAGUGAUUAGUUAGCUAGUGGGUAUUUGGAGUUUUAUCGGUCUUCUCUUUUCUGGCGACAUUGGCUGAUUAUUAUCCUCUUUUUAUCACCGAAGUCUUUUUGAACGUAUUUUAUAUAUCACAUUUGUUUUGAAUUUACAGUUUUGUGCUGUCUAGACUCCGUUUUAAAUAGACAUGAUUGGUUAAAUACCAUUUCAUUGUUCCCCGUUAUUUAUGUUUUGAUUAAAUGGAGCUUAAGUACUUGAUGUGUGUUA